UUACCCGCGGGUAAGAGGUUUUUAUAUAUUUAUUUUCAAUUUUAAUGGAAACAGGUUAAAUUGCGCAAAUAUAAUGUACUGCGUUGCAACCUCUUUGUUUUGAGGCAUUAGUUAUAUGAUUUUUUGCAUACCAGUGUCAAUUGUAGUUUAGCAUGUAACACAUGUUGUUCUCUGUUCUGCGUGUAACAUCUUCGGAUUUUGCAAUAUGUUCGAUAUUGGAGAUUUCGCAAGUGCUUCCGAAUAUGUGGGAAAGGAAUAUUCCUCACUGGAGGUUAUAACCCACAAAGUCCAUGUUGCGCUACCAGCUGGUUACUUUGGGAAAAUCAAGUCGGCAAUCGCCAUAAUCUUAAACAACAACCUGCAGUCAUACAGCGAAGUGUUGCAAGGAAUGCCGGUCGCCUUUAAUCGUCAAAAUGUGAAGUUACUAACUCCUUACGGAAAAAUCAUUGCCGACCAAUCCUGUGUUCAUAUUGACGUGGAAACAGAAUAUGUUGUUUUCAAACCAACAGUAACAACAACUUUACAGGGAGUGGUAAACAAGCAGUUGAAGCAUUCGAACAUGGUGGGUUGUCUUGUACAUGGAGUGUUUUAUGCAUCUGUUAACUUAGAAGGGUCGCAAAAUCCUGGACUUGGAGAUGAGAUUCUGUUUAGUGUUACCAAGAUGGAGCACGAUGGUUAUGGGUAUUUGGCAUUAAAAGGAAAGUUUAUCAGGUUAAUUUCGGAAAAUCCAAAUAAAUUGGAAGUAACUCAAAAAAGGAAACCAGAAAAUGAUUCUGGUAUCGAUGAUGAUCAUGAAACAAGUAGUUCUCCUUCUACAGAUCUUUCUAUUCCUUUGAGUCAAGCUGUUCCAAGUGAAGACAUUCCAGAGAUUGCAAGUCAAUCUAAGAGGAAGAAAAAGAAAGAUAAAAUUUCCGAUGAGAAAAAACAAAAAAAGAAGGAUAAAAAAGAAAAGAAGAAAGCAAAAGAGAUGAAAAAGAUAAAAAAGGAGAAGAAGAGAGAAAAAAAGGAGAAAAAGAGAAUGAGGAAAGAGAAAAAAGUUAAAAAAGAAAGACUGAGUUUGCCAAAUAAUGUCAAUACAAGUUUGGCAAAUAAUGUUAACACAAGUUUUAAUGAAAUAGAACCAUGGCCAGCUACAGUUGCUCAACCACCUCACUCUGAUACAAGCAACACUGAAGAAAGUAAAGAUGUGUGCACAACAACACAAGCAACUAAACAUGUUACUAAUACUACAACACACCAACAACCCUCAAACCCCCCUCCCACUGAUUAUUCUUCUGUAGAUGAAGCUAUUGAAUCAGUCGUUGCUACGACAGACAAAAAAAUUGACACUGCCACUGAUUAUUCUUCUGUAGACGAAGCAAUAACUUCGGUUAUAGCUUCCAUUCACACAAAUAUGGGAUAUGACACUAAUAUGCCUUCUGUAGAUGCGGAAUCGGUCAUUGCUCCUAAAGAGAAUAUUGAAACUGCCACUGAUUAUUCCUCUGUAGACGAAGCUAUUGAUUUCGUCAUUGCUGCCAGUCAAACAAAUACGGAUACUGCUGUAAAAACAGAGAAAGUGUGUAACAUUCCUGCAAGUCCUAUAUCAAAAGAACAAUGCUCCUUAACUGCCACCAUAAAAGAUAAAUCUUUUGCAACUCCUAGUACAACCGGUAAAAGCCCUACAAAAAAGAAGAAAAAGCAUUCUAAAAAUGAUAAAUCUCAUACCAGUUCUGCGACAAAAGAAAAAAAGAAAUUGCAAGAAACAGUGAACCUAACGCAACUACCAGCUCCUUCUGUGACGGGGAAAGUUUCUUCUUCAAACGAGGCAGAUGAAGGUGUGGUUGACAAGGUAAAAGAGAAGAAAUCGUCUAAAAAACGCAAGUUGCAUUACCCAGAGGGUGAAAGUAUGUUAACAAACUCUCCGAAAAAAGUAAAACUUUCCUCUGAGAGUGAAGCAAAGUCAGAAGAAGAGAUUGCGAUGGCUUAUCUCAAGAAAAUGGGAAUAACAGUAAAUUUAGAAGAAAAAGUUGCAAUAAAACUUGAGGAUGCACCAAAACACAAAAAAAAGAAGUCUAAAAAAUCAAAAAAAAAGUAAAUGAUUUGUUAAAUUUAACCAUUUUCUACCAGUUCCUAAUCCUGUUUUAGCAUUUUCAAAUAUUAUGAAAACCCACUGACAGUUUUGCUGCUGGGAUUUUAAGUGCUUUCAAUGGAAUUGUUGUUAUUGAAAUUUUAGUUUAUUGUCAGUGUAUCUUAUCACAUGACAGUCCAGUUGCUGCUUCUUUGCCACCAAAUGUGAAAUAAUAAUGAAAAUGUUUUACUGCUAAACCAGUGUCUUAACAGUUUGUAUUAAAACAUGAAUCGCUAAACAA